GAUUACCCACCGCAAGCAGAGGGAAGAGGGCUGAGCCUUGAAGCUGCUAGGGGAACUUGAAGAGAGCAGGGGGGAGGAGGAGGAGAAGAAGGAUUCGUAUAACAAGAGCGGCUGUCGAUGCGCAGCGCAAUUCUUCCCUUCACUCCAAGUCUUUGAACCAAGAGCGAUAAAAGGGGAGCGGGCUUUCCAUUCAUUUCGAGCCGAGGCAACUUUUCUUUCUUGAGUCCGUGGCGCGGGUCCGUUCACCAGAUAAUACUAUUUAAUAAAAGAAAAGAAAGAACAGCAUCAUCAGAUUUGAAACUUUACGAGACCUCCGAGUUGGGAAGUUUUCUCCUUGCGUGAUAUUUUUUUUUUUAAAAGGACUUGAGAACCUGACAGACUUCCUUCACCUACCGCGUGGUGUGGGGAUUUUGAGCUGAAUCGGGGGGGGGACUUCUCAAAUGCAAAAGUACAUGUAUGAGAAAGCAAUGGCACAAGAGACAAGGAACGGAGGGACCUCUACGUUAAAUAACAACAAUGGUGUUAACAACAGUAAGAAGAAGCUGCUGAUUGCGCUCGACAUCUUCUGCCUUCUACUUGCUAGCCUGCCUUUCCUGAUCAUUGAGACUAGCACCAUAAAGCCGUACCAGCGCGGGUUUUACUGUUCGGACGAGUCCAUCCGCUUCCCCCGAAAAGAGGGAGACACCAUUAGCGAUGCCGUGCUUUGUGGUGUUGGCAUUCUUAUUGCCAUCUUCUCUAUUGUGAUUGGCGAAUGCUUCAGGAUCCACCAACUACAUGAGGGAACCAAGGCUUUUGUCGGGAAUCCCUAUGUUGCAGCCCUCUACAAGCAGAUGGGUGUGUUUCUCUUUGGAUGUGCCGUCAGCCAGUCGUUUACAGACAUUGCCAAGGUGUCGGUGGGCCGUAUGAGGCCCCACUUCUUAGACGUGUGUAAACCCAAUUUCUCCACCAUCGACUGUUCACUGGGAUACAUCACCAACUAUACCUGCACUGGCACAGAGAGCGAUGUACAGGAGGCCAGGAAAUCCUUCUUCUCAGGACAUGCCUCUUUUUCAAUGUUUACCAUGCUCUACCUGGCUUUCUAUCUCCAGUCCAGGUUUUCAUGGCGUGGCGCUCGUCUCCUCCGCCCGCUGCUCCAGUUCACCCUGUUGAUGAUGGCGUUCUACACCGGCCUGUCGCGCAUCUCCGACCACAAGCACCACCCGACCGAUGUCCUUGCAGGCUUUGUGCAGGGAGCCCUGGUGGCCUACUGCAUAGUGUUCUACGUGUCCGACCUGUUCAAGCCCAGGGUGAAACCAGCCACGCCCCCGCCCUCCCCCAUCAAGAAGGAGCUGCUCCCUUCGUCCGACAUCAUCGAGAGGAACAACCACCACAACAUGGUGUGAUCGAAGACCUCGUCCCUGUGACCGAGGAGCCAAUCGCAGCGCUGCUCGCCUCCCAUCGGACAGUAGAAUGUAGCGACGAGAGACUGUAGCUGCGUCUCAAAUGGCACCCUCCUCCCUUUUGCAAUGCCCAGGAGAGGCACCCACUCUGUGGACUAGGGUGUCAGAUUUGAGAUUUGCACAGCAGAGUCCACUCUCACUAUCCAGACUUAUUAUUUACCAUUAUGUUAACUACUAAUCAACAUUUGAACCCAUUGUUUUUGAGCACAAACAGAUAAGAAUUGGAAGACUAAAAGACAAAAUGAUUUAAGAAAUUGAUGACUUGACAGGCAGAGCUAAAAGGUGUGGAGGUUUGAUGGAAGUGUUGACCACAAGAAGGGAAGACACUUGUGAACAAAAAUGAAUGAGAAAAAAAAAAAAAUGACAAACCCCCUUGCCUGAGAGAGGGAUUUCCAGUGAUGCUUCCUCUCCGAACUCUCUGUGGCCUUGGACCGCUGUAGGACUACAACUUCCUUAGCUACGGGAAGGAUAGUACUGCAAUAACUAGCAGCAUAGAAAUAUUAACAGUAUAGAAAAAUAUAACUUAUAGCACUGUUUGUUUGUUUUUUGAAGUUCAUUGUCCAUUAUCACCACUUGCUGCCUGAGACGUCUAACUGCAAGAAAGCUUGAUGAAGCUGACACCCAUGAGACGGAAGUAUUGACUAUGGUGGUGGCUUCACAAGACGCCAUGCGCCAAGCCAGGAUCGAGUUAGCAUAGCAUGGCUUCAAUAACAAUAACCCUGUCACCUGGAGGCCACUGUAAGGAUCGCAUACUGAUCUUUUCAACAGAUUUUCGAGCAGCCCUUUGGCUGUCUUUGUUCUCGACUGAUAAGCACGACGUCGGUAUCCCAAUAAAGUGUCUUUAGCGGUAGGAAGUGAAGCCCUCCAACACGUUCCUCUGUCUCUAAAUCAGCGUGUCAAAGCUUUUUGUAGUGGACUCUCAGAGUGGCCCAAACCCGGGAUGUUGCAUUUUUCAAGGGUUAAAUGUAGUAAAAUGGGGGAUAUCUCCCAGCAGCUGUGUAAGAGGCGUGGCUGUGCCAUGCCACUUCCUGGUGUCGGUUGGCCAUUUGUUUGGCUUCACAAACAGGAAGGGGAUGGGUGGACAGAGUGGAGGGGUGCGGGCUGUCACCUUGGAAAGAGGGUGAUGAAUUACAGCUAAACUGGCAGAUUGUCUUUGGGAUGAUUAGGGCUCUUUCCGCAGGCAGGGAGGGGCUCUUACCCACCCAAUCCCUCGUUGGCAAUGGAUGUUUGUCUGCGUGUGUGUGUGUGUGUGUGCGUGCAUGUCCUGUACACUCCUGUGCUUGUGAGUAUGUGAGUGUGUGUGCACAUAUGUAUGAGCGCUGUGAAAAGGAACCCCCUCUUGAUAAACUGUGUGUCAAAUGAGACACACUGCCAGCUGUGCCAAGUGUGUGUGUGUGUGUGUCUGUGUGUGUGUGUGUGUGUGUGUGUGUGUCUGUGUGUCAGAGAGCAACAGAGCAGGUGAGCGUCAUGAAAACUGUGGAUCUAAUCUUUUUAUUCUCAGCUAAGAAGCAUUUUAAACCUUGUAUGUUUGUAGCCUGUCCCGUAUAAUCACUAACAGUUGUACUGUACAGAAGCCCUUUUUUAUUUACAGCCGACUCAGAUAUCCUCCAACAACACACUCCGCCAUGUUGCACAUCUUUCUCAUCGUAUAGUCCGUCCUAUCAUUUCACCAAGCCGUUUUCACUCUCUUUUUAUAAAUAUAUAAAUAAUGUAUAGAUCACUAAAGUUACUCUGUGAGAUACUGUUUCUUAACAUGUUUAGAUAUAUCCACUAUGAUUACAGACCUGUGUUCUUUACAAAAUGCUGCUUAAAAAGCACAGAAUGACCGAUUUUUGUACCUAGAUAUCUAUUGUAGGUUGUUAUAGUUACGUUUGUAAUAUGCAUU